GUAUCGAAAUGGAAGAUACAACAUAGUGUAGCCAAUUAAAACUCGCUAUUUUGUACUGUCUAUUGUUCUUUCGCUUGAAAACCCACCUUGCAUUAAUAAUUUGGCGUUGAAGAUAUCAACAACUGAUUUCGAAAUAAACUUCUUAUGCUCCGUCCUCCGUCUGUGUUUCUUUUGUUUAUGCCCGAACAAGCAGGCACGAGAUCUGACAGAAAGAUGGUGGUUAUUACUGAAGAUGAUUGUCGUGACGGUGCGGAAGUAAAUGUUACAGAAAACAUGGAUAACAAUCAGCCCAACGUUGAAUUGGUUCCAAGAACGGAAGAAAAUAACGACGAGAGAAAUGCAAAUGCAGAAAAUGAUGAACAAAGAAGAAAGCCAUCACGUUUAGAAUCGUUCUUCGCCAUAACAAAAUCAUUAAUUAUACGAGCUCUUAUAAUUUAUUUUAUUAGUAGCUUCUUUAGACGUCCUGAUAAUAAUCCCAAGUCUCCCAAUACCAUUAGUGAUACACGUUUACAAGCUGUAAAUAUAUUUCCCAAUGGAACAUUGUUUGAUCUUAAUGUUUACUUGUCGGAAUUUGAGAAUUUUAAACAAUUCAACGAUCCGCGAUCAUUAAUUUGGUUCGAAGAAGGACUGAUUUAUGGAGAUUGGUAUAGUGGACCGAAUCAAGAUGGGUCCAGAACAUUCGAGUACUCGUUUGUUCCUUCAGAACAUCUAAAACAAAAUGGCUCUAUUUAUCUUCAUAUAUACAUAACAAAAAGUGGAAAAUCACCAAAUCCUAAAGCAGGCAAGGGAAUUUAUGCUGGUGAUUAUAUAGCCUACUCGAGAAAAAUGUUAAAUAAGUUUAAAAAAAUUAGAUAUCAGAAGAGACACAACUUAUUAACUGGCGAAAGUACUGCUAGUAAAGAGGAGAUAGCAAAAGCUGAAUUCAUGGAUCAAGAAUAUGUGUCGCACUGGCAUCCAAAUUUAACUGUUAAUUUAGUGGUUGAUCAAACCAAUUGGGUAUAUGGUCAAGUACCGCAACCAUUAGAUGAAUAUGUACAUUUCUUACCUGGUGGAAAUACAUAUAAGCCAAUAAUAUAUAUGAAUGAUUUCUGGAACAUGCAACGGGACUAUCAGCCAUUGAAUAAUACUAUAGAACAAUUAGAACUCAGAUUGACUUAUCAACCACUUUCAUUGUUUAAAUGGCAAAUUUAUGCAGCCCAGUCUGUUAGAAAUAAAUGGACAUCAUCAAUUAUGGGAGAAGCAUCUGACGAGGACGAUAACGAUCAAGAUACCUUGAAGGAAACUUUACUUGAAACAAAUCCAUAUCUACUAGGAUUGACUAUAAUUGUGUCAAUUUUACAUAGUGUAUUUGAAUUUUUAGCAUUUAAGAAUGAUAUUCAAUUCUGGAAUAAUCGGAAGUCCUUGGAAGGUCUGUCUGUUCGCUCUGUAUUUUUCAAUGUAUUCCAAUCUCUUGUUGUUCUUCUUUAUGUUUUGGACAACGAGACAAACACAGUUGUGCGCAUUAGCUGUGCAAUAGGUUUAUGCAUCGAAAUAUGGAAGAUAAACAAAGUUAUAGACAUUAACAUCAAUAGAGAAGCAAAAAUACUUGGAGUCUUUCCAAAGAUAUCAUUCCAAGAUAAGGGAUCAUAUGUGGAGUCUUCUACAAAGGAAUAUGAUAGACUUGCCUUUAAAUAUCUAUCAUGGGCUUUGUACCCUCUGUUAGGUGGAUAUGCGAUUUAUUCUUUAAUGUAUUUGGAACAUAAGGGAUGGUAUUCUUGGGUUCUCAAUAUGUUAUACGGAUUUCUAUUAACUUUCGGAUUCAUUAUGAUGACGCCGCAAUUGUUUAUUAAUUACAAACUGAAAAGCGUUGCACAUCUUCCGUGGCGUAUGCUGUCGUACAAAUUCCUGAACACAUUCAUCGAUGAUAUCUUUGCAUUUGUGAUAAAAAUGCCGACUUUGUACAGGAUCGGCUGCUUCCGCGACGAUAUUGUUUUCUGCAUAUUUUUGUACCAAAGAUGGAUAUACAAGACCGAUCAUACUAGAGUGAAUGAAUUCGGUUUUUCCGGGGAAAUGGAAAUACAACUGGCGGAAAAUAAGAAACAGGCAGCAAUCAAUGAUAGCCCGAAAGACGAAGUAACGAAAAAGAAUGAAUAAUAUUUGUGAUGUUUAAGUUAAGCAUCGAUCGUAUACGUUAUAUCCUACAUUGUCUCCGAAAAUUAAUAAAAUCGUCCGAUACCAAAGGAAUAUAAUUACACACAUUUAUAUUUAUUUAUAUAACUUUCUACAUAUAAUUGUGUGUGUAUCUGUAUAUUCUAUUAAAGUAUUCCCGAAUCCACUACAUGUUAUAUGAGCAUAUUGCGAUGUGCAUUGUGAAACAAAAUAGCGAACAAUUUCUGCUGAAAACAUCUUAUUUCAUUUUCUAUCCAAAUUUAUUACAAGAUAUUACGAAAAGAUUAAAGUUAUUGAACGCACUUUCACAUGAUAUAUAAUCUUAUAUUAGAAAUUAUAAAUGUAAAUUAUAUGCUCAGUAGCAUUUAUGACAUUCGUGUAUAUGUCUAAUUGUAAAGUGAAUAUACUGCAGCGAAAAACAUCGUCCUAUCUAACCAAACACAUGAAAAUCCAAUGCAUAUGAACGAUUUCAAACAAGUCAUUACUCAUAUUAUUGGGCGAGAUAUUGUUCUACGAAAUAAAAUUACUUUAAUUAUCAUA